CACCCACCUUAGUUGAAUCUUUGGAACAGAUGGCCCAAAUGACUCGGCCCAGCGGCCUGGAAUCCAUUUGCGUCAUGUGGCCUAGGGUUGCAGGGGAAGGAUCGCUGCAGCCGCCUCCCUUCGUUCGUCCCAACUUCCAGCCUUUCCUCGUCGGCGGAUCGACCGGCGAUCGACUCGCCACCAGCUUUUUCUCGGUCAGCGAGUCACCCUUCUUCUCCGGCCCUUCCUCUCUCGGUCUCGACACCACCUUCGAUUCAUGCUCUGGCGAUUCCAACUUCGUCACCAGCUUCCCCGACUCCGCCGCCGGUGUCUUCAGCUCCGUCGUCACCCCGACUGGAGCAGGUCGCGACAUCCGCGCGACUUGCAUCUCCGGAGAAUCCUCUCGAUCUGCCAUCUCUAUCUCCGCUUCGUACUCCGCCAGCGGCUCUCUCACCGGCACCUCUCGAUCUGCCAACUAUCAUAGAAACUGAACUUGGUAAUUACAAUCCGGCUUAACUGCAGUCUAGGGGGAACCAUAUCCGGGUGACCUCUCUUAACCUGAAAACAACCGUUUACUUGCUUUGUUUGUUUGAUAGUUUAGACUUGCAUUAAAGUUUCAUUGCUAGAUAACAAGAAUUCACCGAGUAGUCAUCAAAUCUAGGACCCGGGUUGACAUUUAAACCCAAACCCGCUAUACUACGCUUUAGGAAGUGAUUUCACUUGGCCAAUUCCUGGAGUGACAGUAGAAGUGAGUCACUGAACAAUCGACCUCAUAAUAUAUAUUGUUGCUAUGUAGGCAGGGUUUAAAAGAAGAGCUAUUUAUUUAUGUAGUCAGUGAAGAAUGACAUGGGAAUUGCUUCCCGUAAUAUAUUCACAAUCAAUCUUAGAAAAGAAGGGCUAUCAAACUCCCAUAAUAAAUUUAGAAUUGAAAUAAAAAUGCAAGUCUAAAUCCAUUAACAAAAAGGUUAUUCACAACCAAACACAUCUAAUAAAGCAUCCUUCUUCUACCAACCACUAAUUUGUCCAAUGGGUGUAGGACCACUCUUGCUAAUAAAAACGGGUUAAUUGCAAGGUUGGUCACUGGGUUUACUAAAAACGUUCAUGUUUGGUCACUGAAAAUAUUUAAUUCCAUUCAUGGUCACUAAGAUUAGUUCAAUAGUUCAAAUUUGGUCACUCUCCGUUAGUUUUUGCUGAUGUGGCAGUCAACUAUUAUAGUUGACCGUUAAAUGAGUGACGUGGCCAUUAAAAAAUAUUAAAAUAAUAAAAUUUAAAUAUUUACAAUUUCCACAUUAUUUUACAACUAAUAAAAAUAAAAAUAAAACUUAAUUCCUAUUAUUAAGUUACUUUCAAUAUAUUAAUACACUCGAUCAAAGUAAUGAGGCACAAAAUUAGACACUUCUUAUCUACAGGUUCCCGUAGUUUGAAUAGUGAAUCGACCUUAACUUUAGUAAAUCAAUCAAUGAUUCCUCCGAUUAACAUAACCAUAGGUUGUGGUAGUUGCAACAACCAUAACACCUAAAGAUCCAAUAGUUUCCACUCUCCGUUGUACAACCAACUUUUUAUCCCAUCCAUCUUCAAUCUCUCGACGUAUAUGUUUUAAACCAAAAUUCAAUUUCUAAUCCUUCUUCUGCAACUCCAUUUAUGCUACUUUGAUGGACCUUUUCUCCAUGAACCUGAAUUUCUCUUUCAAUUAAGUUUCUUGUCAGCCUGAUCUCCAACUCCUCAAUCCUCUUUCUUGUAUUUGGCCAACUCACCUGAUCCAGUUCACUUCCAUGCCCUUCAAUACCCUCUCCAUUUUCAUUACUAUCCUGAUCAUCUACCACUUCUCUCUCUUCAACUGCUCUGGUUGUACUUCUAUGUCUUUCAAUACCCUCCUUGGUUCAAUCACUACCCUGACCAACUGUCUCUUCACUGCCUUCACUUGCUGCAAACUACUUCCAUGACUUUUUAUACACCUUCCUAACGGCUAACAAUUAUAGAACUGAUCCAAGGCCAUGGAUUUGUUGAUUGUGAUUUUGAGGAAGGUGUAUAAAAAGUCGUGGGAGUAGUUUGCAGCAAGUGGAGGUAGUUGGUUAGGGUAGUGAUUGAACCAAGGAGGGCAUUGAAAGACAAAGAAGCAAUAUCGGAGCAGUUGAAGAGAGAGAAGUGGUAGAUGAUCGGGAUAUUAAUGAAAAUGGAGAGGGUAUUGAAGGGCAUGGAAGUGAACUAGAUCAGGUGAAGGCAGAGAAGGAGGAGAAGAGCAUAUUGAUGGAAUUGAAGAUGAGUGUUGGUUUUACGAGCUUUUUAAAACUGCCCUGAGGAAGAUGAGUUGGCCAAAUACAAGAAAGAGGAUUGACGAGUUGGAGAUCAAGCUGACAAGAAACUCAAGUGAAAGAGAAAGUCAGGUUCAUGGAGAGAAGUUCCAUCAAAGUAGCAUAAAUGGAGUUGCAGAAGGAGGAUUAGAAAUUGAAUUUUGGUUUAAAACAUAUACGUCGAGAAUUUGAAGAUGGAGGGGAUAAAAGGUUGGUUGUACAACGGAGAGUGGAAACUAUUGGAUCUUUAGGUUUUAUGGUUGUAGCAACUACCAUAACCUAUGUUUAUGUUAAAACGAGGAAUCAUUGAUUGAUUUACUAAAAUUAAGGUCGAUUCACUAUUCAAACUAAUAGAACCUGUAGAUAAGGAGUAUCUAAUUUUGUGCCUCAUUACUUUGAUCCAGUCUAUUAGUAUAUUGGAUAUAACUCUAAUUUUGUCAUUUGUUUUCAAGUAUUGAUGGUCUCCUUUUAGUUGAGUUGUUAACAUAUGAUUUACUUGAAUCAACAACUCUUCAUUUCUGUUUUUUUUUUUUCUAAAUCCAUUUUUUUUUAUUAGUGGCAUGUUAUUCAUAGAGGAGAGCUUUGAACUAUUAUGUGGGAUUGUGAGGUUUCGUUUCAUUUCAAACUAUCUAUGGAUCGUGUGGGAAUUCCAAUGAGCUUUUAUAUUAUAUAUUUAUGGACAAUCUAUUAACCAAUAUCAUUGUAAUGGGGGCUCAAUUAUCAUUAUGAAAAUGAGAUUAAUGAUACAUUUUUCUAUUCUUAAAUGAGGAGGGUAUUUUCCUCUCGACCUCUAUAUUCAUUCUUUAUGUAGAAUCUCGAUUGAAUGAUUUUCAAUAAACUUAAACAAAUGAAUAGACUUAAACAUAACAUAAAAAUAUAAAUAUUAAAAUAUGAACAUUCCGGCCAACGGGCCAGAUUAUAAGCUAGUCCCUCUAUAAUAUAUAGUCGUUCUUCAGGAGAUUUUGAGCAUUUCAAAUUCCUUGCAGGGGUAAAUUUGUAAGUUCAAGUUAGAACUUAAAUAUCUUCUUACGAGAAAAAAAUGUCAUUACCAAGACUUGAACUUGAGUCCUUCAAAUUGAUAGUCAAUAUCCCUAACCAACUGGAGUACAACAAUGUUUAUGUAUUUUUUAAUUAAAGGGAGAAAAUACUGAAAUAUCUCAAAAUCAUAGGACUAUCCACCGCAACAAUCAAUCAUCGAAUUAAUUAAUAACUGUAAUUAUUUACAAAGUGAAUCAUCAUGAUAUACCUAGCUUUAUGAAUCACACAAUUCUUCACCAAGAAUCAAAUAGUACAUUUUGAGUUUAUGUAUGUCUUACAACUUUUACAUUUAUUAGGUUACAUGACUUUGUAGUUUGCAGGAAUACAAGGAUUGUUUACAAAAGUGCUAUACAAAAUUUUAUUUCAAAACAUAAAAUUUGGCAUUUGUUAUCUAUGGUUUUGUAACGAGACAUUUUCAAUGUUAUAAGUGAAUGGCCAAAAAUCAUUGGCCAACAAUUUCCCUAAUGGUUGACAAUUAUAAGCAUAGAAUUGAAAGACUAAAUACCAUUGACAAAUGAGUCAAUUAUCAUUGGCUAAAUUUAACAAACAAUGAUAUGUGUAUAUACAUUGGAAAUUCUAUGGUACACUGGAUGGAUUGAGGGUUAUUGCUUCUCCUUAGUUAAAUAACAUUAUCUAGGCCAUAGAUUAAUCACGUAACUAAACCCUAUAUCAUAAUUCUCUAAAUUCUAAUAUAGUGCAUAUGGUAUGUUGUAUACAUCUUGGCGAAUCAUAAUCAUUGAUUAUGUUCUUAGUAUAUGUGAUAUUAGGGUUUAAGUUCUAUAGGUUUAGAGUAUAUGAUUUAAUUAUUUGAAACUUAAUCUCCCUUUUCAAAUUUUCUGCAAUGAGAGGGAAAUUAGGAAUGACAUUUUUGUCUUCACGAUUAUCUGUAUUUUUUAUUUAUUUAAAGAAAAAGAUAGACAUAUUGAGAUUUGAACCAUGGUCACUUCAAACAAAGUGAAGGUUUAAAAUUAAUCCGACUAUGUAGAUUUGUUGUAUUUUUUAAAUUAAAAAUAUAAACGAAGCUAAAAUAUGAAAUCACAGAACUUUUCAACAGUUAGCUAGCCCAAUAAAUAUUCCCUAAGUACUUAUUUGGUGUUUUGAUACUUUCGAUUUCGAUAUUUUUUAUUUUAAUUAUAGUUUAAUACUUAAUUUAAAUUUUAUCUAUCUCAUAAAUAGACGAUAAUCAUAAAUUUGCAACCAAAAUAUUGUUGGUUCGUAUAUUUCAUAUCGAAUUAUAGUAUUGAAUAUAUAGAAGCGAUAUAGAAUUCUUAAAUUACCAUUAAUUUCCAGAACUAUAGUGAAGCAAUCAUAUCUUUGUGCAAACUAUAGGGGACUGGUUCUCUGAACAGUUUUGUCUGGUUAAAUACUAAGUUUUAAAAUUCUUCCUAGAGGUGUAUGUGGGUCGGUUCGUUUGGGUUCAGAUAUUUUAAUCAUCUAACUCAUAUACCACGAUUUUGAAAACACUAAAUACAAACUCACCCAAAUGUUAGCAUAUGAUUUACUUAAAUCAACAACUCUUCAUUUCUGUUUUUUUUUUAAUCCAUUUCUUUUUUAUUAGUGGCAUGUUAUUCAUAGAGGAGAACUUUGAACCAUUUAUGUGGGAUUGUGAAGUUUCAUUUCAGUUUCAACCUAGCUAUGGAUCAUGUGGGAAUUCCAAUGAGCUUUUAUAUUAUAUAUUUCUGGACAAUCUAUUAACCAAUAUCAUUUUAAUGGGGGCUCAAUUAUCAUUAUGAAAAUGGGAUUAAUUAUACAUUUUUAUAUUCUUAAAUGAGGAGGGUAUUUUCCUGAAUGUUCGACCUAUAUAUUCAUUCUUUAUGCAGAACUCGCUCGAUCCGUAGCGGUAGAUGGGGAGAUAUGGACUCGGGCGGUGAGGAGCAACAGGCAACGGUUUUGAACGUAGAGGAUUGGCGGAGCUGCGGGACUCCAGGGUUGACCACCUUCGUGAGCAGAUCGCAAUAUCGGCGGGAGAUCCAGAUCUUGGCCUGCCUCGAGACAAAUGGUGUUGACGCCGGGAUCUGAAGGCUUUAGCGGCGAGGUUAGACUGGUGACGACGGCGGCGAGUGCACAGAGAUGGAAGCGCCGAUGAUGGUGCUUGAAAGGGAGUUUCGAAUUGUUGAUUUUUAUUCGAAAUGGUCUGGUUGCUUCGUUUCCCUCUGUCCAGUUUAUCUUUUCUUUUAUUUGUAGAGUCUUUUUCUUAUAUUCUUGAAUGAGUAUUCACCUAAUGAUGUUGAUGUUCGUUAUUUUUAUGAGUAGCUAUAUGUGGAGUCAUCGUCGACUCCCCCUUGCCGCACCGAUCCACGAAGAGAAUUAGCGUUUCCAGCAGUCGAAAGAAACCCUUUCGGUUCUCUGACAGUCAUCGUCGACUCCCCUUAGCCGCACCGACCUUCCUCCUCUCACAGUCUUCGCGGGGUUUGGAGUGAUGUUUUAAAUCCGGGUUUCUAUCACUCGGUGAGUCAAAGAACCACAAUUUCAUGCAUUGGCCAGGUGAGUGAACUGGUCCUCAAUAUAUGAAAUCCUACUGAGCUUGACUUCUUUAAUUUCAUUGCAUUCUAUCAAUGAAGUGAGUUAGGAGACCCAAAUUCCUGCUAGCCCUCUCCAGUGAUAAAUCUAAGAAACCAGAUUGGACUAAUUGGCUUCUCUAUAGGUUUUUUUUGUUGCCAAUACUCUCUGUUGUCACACGUUUGUUUUGCUCACUUAGACAUUAUGUUCUUCUGUAUCGUUGUGGGACUGGACACUAGCUUCUUAUCCAUAGCAUCUUCUUUGUAGAAUAGGGAAUUGAACAACCAUUAUGGACCCUUGAUUAGUUAUUGAGUAGUAUAGAUAACCAUUAUCAACCCUUGAUUUGCUAUCUAUUUUGUUUGAACUUUUCUCUUAUACAUUUCAGGGGGACUUGCAGCGACCUCAUGAGUCUCUCCCACAUUCCUUGGCUUAAUUCAAUUCGUUCAAUGUAUUUAGUUAUAUGAUCGAUCAGCUUAUACUGGGUUUCAAUCCAGCCUUGCCAUAUGUACAGUAAAACUAUAAACCACAGCAGAACAUAAAGUUCCUUCCACUUUUGUCUAAUUGUUUUGUUACUUUUUUACACCCUAUCACAUAACUGAGCAUCUGCCUCGAUUCACCUACUGAUGUUGAUGUUCGUUGUUCUUAUGUGUAGCAGUAUCUGGAGGGUGUCUCCUCACAGUUCACCACAUGCUGCCAGGGAGGGUGAGCUCGCAGAGGCAGAAGCCUCAAAUGCUACUAAGAGCAUGCCCCCAAAUAAUGUGAUUCCAACUGCUGGCACUCCACAGGACAAUCUCAAAAGAAAGCAUGAACUAAACUGAUCAUGAAUAAUGAAGCUUUAAUAUUCAU